AUGGCUGGAACACUUGUUGAGAGGGCUGCGCUUCCGGUCCAUACAUCAUCACUUGACACUAAACUUGACGUUUCCGCUCGACCUCGCAGCUCCAAUCUUGAAGCUGUGUUUUCACCGGUAAACAAUGAUGGAUGUUUCGAUUUUGACCGCGUCUUGAAGAGUGGUUAUGUCCAGAAGCGUACACAGAAGACAAAGGUCAGUUUUGUCCUGCUAGCUUUUACGAAUUUGUUUGAGACCAUGAAGUGGAAGACUGUCUACCUGGUGCUGCGGCCUAACACCCUUUCCUUAUACAAGAAUGAAAGUGAAGACCGACUACGCCAUCAGCUUUACCUCUCUGAGCUUACGGCUGUCGCUGAACUUAAAGACCCCAAGCACAAGCGCGAGAAUGUUUUCGGCCUCUUUUCCCCGUCUCGCAAUUACCACUUCCAAGCGAAUUCUGCCCAGGAUGCCGGGGAAUGGAUGAAACUAAUACGAAAGGACGCGCGUAUUGACGAAGAGGAGGACGAAAUGUUUCUAGCCAGUCCUCGUGGUGCACAACAACCGAAGAAUGUUAUCAAGCCAUCCCCUCUCGACAACAACCAGCCUAAUGAGCACGACCGCUUUCUGUCGAGCUCGCCAGAACCUAUGGUUUCAUCCGCCCCCAGAUACGUCACUUCAGGAGGUGGUAGGAGAAGAUCAUCCAUACUAGAGUCCUCGGGAAUGUCGGGUGCCGAAUUCGCAUCUCACUCCGAUCUUUCCGACAGCGAAGCAUUCCGUCCUCAGGACUCCUCCUAUGAUAGUCUGACUGGCAAACCGCCCGGCAAUGUUCCUCCCAGCGCCACUCGUGCACCAGGCCAGGGCAUCCGUUCGGCAAGCCAGACAAGCGUGUCCAAUGUUGAGCAGGAUCCUGACCGCGUCAUUUGGCAGGGUCGGCUCUAUCUCUUGCGUCAUCGUCGUGGUAUGCGCCAGUGGAAGGAUAUGUGGGCUGUUCUGCGACCUCGUAACCUUAUCCUUUACAAGGACGAGUCUGAAUACACAGCCAGGUGGAUUCUACCAAUGUCCGCCGUCGUCAAUGUUGUUGACCUUGACCCCCUCAGUAAGAGCAAGAAGCAUUGCCUUCAGGUCAUUACAGAAGAGAAGAGCUACCGCUUCUGCGCCCACGACGAAGAUGCGCUUGUUCGUUGCGUUGGCGCGUUCAAAAGCCUCCUUGCUAAGCGCCGCGAACUCGAAGCUCGCGCUGCUGCCACAUCUACGUGA